AGUGCGCUGAUCGAAGGGGCUGAAAAAGAAGGGGAAUCAUUUUGUCUUGUGAAGGUUGCUGUGAAAGUAGUCCUAAAAAUUUGGGGGGACGAAGAGCGUGUUAAGUGCUAACGAGGUCAACCUGAAGCAACUGAUACUUUUAAAUUGUGUGCCUGAGCUGCCGACUAAACAGACACCAACAGCCGGACUCUGUUACAUCCUCGCGGACGAGUGACGCAUUUUCCAUCAUCGGUAUAAAUACUCAGCAUCAUUCUCCAUCAGCAGCCGAGACCUGCAGCUUCCGACCCGCUCUGCAGAGCUACACACUCCAACAUGCGCUCUGCCGAGAGCGAGGCUGUUGUGCGCACCGGGCUGUGACCGAAGCUCUCCGAACACACCGGGUCUCGCCAGCAAUGGAGAGCACAAACAACACCACGGCCUGGUCGCGGCUCGUCAACCUUUCCGCCAAAACCCCCAGACCCGAGGACGGAGAGGUGAAGCUGAGUUACCAGGUGGUCACAUCCUUCCUGCUCGGCGCGCUCAUCCUGUGCGCAAUAUUUGGGAACGCGUGCGUGGUUGCAGCCAUCGCCCUGGAGCGGUCUCUCCAGAACGUGGCCAACUACCUGAUCGGUUCUCUGGCUGUCACCGACCUGAUGGUGUCGGUGCUGGUGCUGCCCAUGGCGGCGCUUUACCAGGUCUUGAACCGAUGGACUCUCGGGCAGGCUCCGUGCGACAUCUUCAUCUCUCUGGAUGUGCUGUGCUGCACUUCGUCCAUCCUGCACCUGUGCGCCAUCGCUCUGGACAGAUACUGGGCCAUCACCGAGCCCAUAGACUACAUGAAGAAGAGGACGCCGAGGAGAGCCGCGGUCCUCAUCAGUGUCACCUGGCUCGUCGGAUUCUCCAUCUCAGUGCCGCCAAUGCUGAUCAUGCGCUCCCAGCCCAACAGCAUGGCAGAGGACAGGGCGAACCCCAAGCAGUGUAAGAUCAGGCAAGACCCAUGGUACACAAUAUACUCCACAUUCGGGGCUUUUUACAUCCCGCUGACGCUGAUGCUGGUUUUAUACGGUCGGAUAUUCAAAGCUGCCAGGUUUCGGAUCAGGAGGACGGUGCGCAAAACGGAGAAGAAGAAAGUGUCCGACUCCUGCUUGGCGUUGUCCCCGGCGCCCUUCCACAAAAACACUCCCGGAGACGCGCAGGGUAAGAGCUGGAAAAGGAGCGUGGAGCCCCGGCCGCUGCCGAACGUCAACGGCGCGGUGAAACAUGCGGAGGACGGCGAGUCUCUGGAGAUCAUCGAAGUUCACAGCAACGCCAAGGGCAACCUGCCGCUGCCCAACACCCCGAGCUCCGUGCCGCUGUUCGAAAGCAGGCACGAGAAGGCGACCGAGGCCAAGCGGAAGAUCGCGCUGGCACGGGAGCGCAAAACGGUGAAGACUCUGGGCAUCAUCAUGGGCACCUUCAUCCUCUGCUGGCUGCCCUUCUUCAUCGUCGCCCUGGUCAUGCCUUUUUGCCAAGAGUCGUGCUACAUGCCCCGCUGGCUGGAGGCCGUGAUAAACUGGCUGGGCUACUCCAACUCUUUACUCAACCCCAUCAUUUACGCGUACUUCAACAAAGACUUCCAGAGCGCAUUCAAGAAAAUUAUCAAGUGUCAUUUCUGCAGACCGUGAUGGUUUCAGUUUUAGUGCUGUCACCAUAGACUCACAAAACAUCAGCCUGUAAAAGUGGCACAAAGAGAUUGUUCUGAAUCAAGAUCGAUGCUGAAACCGAACAGAGGGCUCAUAAUGAUUACUGCUGAUGAUCACCAUCCUUGAAUAUUCCCAGAGAUGUCUGUAGCCUAUGCAUAGAUAAAGCUGUGAUCGUUUGAUUGAAGCUCCAUGUUCCUCCUCAUG